GAUGCACCGGAAGUCCCCAUCGUUCCCUCGGAGCAGCCGGGUGUGACCAUGCCGCUGGGCUUCUUUGACCCCCUGGGCUUCUCGAAGAGCGGUCUCAUGACCUUCCCCGGCGACUCUACCGGAUUCAAGCACCUCAGAGCCUCCGAAAUCAAGCACGGCCGGUUCGCCAUGAUGGCGGCAACCGGAUCGCUCUUCGCGCACUUCGUGAAGCUUCCUGGCUUCGAGGAUGUGCCCACUGGACUCGCGGCCCUGAACACCACCAAG